GAUAGGAAGUAUCUCUGCCUCCACACGUAUUCCUGUCCUCCCUUUAUUCUCUUCUCUCUCGACCACUUUUUGUUUAGGAAGGCUGAACUGGUUUUCCGAGAAGAUGACGAGAUACGAUGCGAGCUAGGCAAACGGAGCUACCAAAUGAUACGCUCGCCAAGUGCAGCUUUACGCUAGCCGAUCUGCUGCCGUUGGCUGAUCCCAAUUAAUCUGGCCUGCAAUGGAGCACUUCAUCCGGAAGCGGCAGUGCCCCCUCCUCCUCCUUCUCCUCGUUGUUUUCGUUUCGGCUAUUCUCGAGGGUGUUCCUGCAGCGGAUGCUGGUGCAUAUGGCCAAGGCAUAGGAGCUGACCAAUUGAACAUGUUGGUGGCUACCGUCAAAAAAGGCGGUGGUGGUCAUGGCGGCCAUGGUGGACAUGGCCGCGGACAUGGCAAUGGAGGCAGCGAACGCGGACGCGGCAUGCCUGAGACGCCGCCCGUGUUUAACCCUCGGACAGUCGCCGGCAAUGGCAACCAGCACCGUGGGCGUAGCGCCGCAGCUACAGACCUUAGCCGGUCGUCCACCUGCGUUCUUCUUGCGGUGGCGGUGGCAUUUACAUUGUUUCAUCUUUAAUACUCCAUAUAAUCUACACAUUUGUUAUGGAGUAUCAUUGAUU